GACAGAUGCCUUCAAGUACACCUGUCCAAAGUGCAACGCCCUGUACUGCAGCGUGGGAUGCUACAAGUCAAAGGAGCAUCUGAAAUGCUCCGAAGAGUUCUACAAGUCCUGCAUUCAGGACGAACUGGCGGGAGCUACAACUACUCCGGAAAGCCAGGAGGAUAUGCGAAAGAUCUACGAUAUUCUUAGAAGAAUGCGAGAAACAGAUGCCGGCUUCAAUCCCAAGGAUUUUGAUGCCGACGGUCUGGAAAACUCCAUAGAUUCGGAUGAUAACGAAGAACCGGAAGGAGAGGACGAUGACGAUGGGGAAGAUCGUGUGCCUGGGGAACCUAUUGAGGAGGAAUUCGAAGAAGACAUCGCCUCAAGACUCAAAGGCAUCGAUAUCAACGACGCCGAUGAAGUGUGGAGCAGGCUGACGGCAGAGGAGCAGGAGGAGUUUCAAAAACUGAUCACCAAUGGAGACAUCAUGAAGCUGAUGCCCGAUUACAAGCCUUGGUGGCUGAAACCGAAGAACUCCAAGAUAGUUGUCAUUCGCACGCCCGAAGAAGAGGCCAAGAAAGAAAAUCCCAUUCCUGAGAUACACAAAAACAUAGCCAAGUUUUCGGACAUUUGCAAAAAAGAACCCUCGCCUUGCCUGCACUGCAAUCUGUGGAAUAUCAUUAGCGCCUAUGCGUGUGUAGCACGGUUCUUUGGUGGCGAGCAGCGGACCAACGCCAGCGAGGCGGUGGCCCAUCUGGUAAAUCUCAGUGCCACUCUUAAGUAUGGCACAAACUUCGAGGAUGCCGAGGAUGCGAUUGUGUCCGUGGAAAUGGAAGCCAUCACCACGGGCAACAGUCCGGCAGGGGCUGCUGCUGUAGGAAGUGCCGGAGGUGGUUCAAAUUUUUUGGUGGAGAGUAGGGAGCAGCUGCAGCAAGAUGCCCGCCAGCUUAUGGCCACAAAGACAAACAAACUCGCUGCCUUGAGCGAUGUCCUUCACCUAUUGCAGCAGACAAAGGCGUUGAUCAAACGAAAGAAUCCACAGGAGGCCGAGUUUCAGAAGCUAUUCGCCUUGGCCAGCGGUAGCGUGGAACUAGACCGCACAAAGCUGUCGCAGCUGGUGCGAAAGAUUGAGUUUAUGCUGUCUUAUGUGGCGCGGGAGGAGGUCCUUUGAACUUUCUGUCAGAAA